AUGGGCUCGAUAUACCCGAGCACAUUCAAUGUCAAGCGCAUCGCGAUCAUCGGCGCUGGUCCCUGUGGACUGGCCGCAGCAAAAUACCUCCGAGCUCAAGGCACAUACGACCGAAUAGUGGUCUUUGAGCAACAGGCAGAGGUCGGUGGUGUCUGGAACUACGACACCGUUGUGCCAGCUCCGAAUCCUAUUCCCCAGACAAGCCCAUUCUUCCCUCCAGAUGAACCAGCCCGUGUGCCGCAUGAAAAGUUCCCAAUAUUUCCAUCCCCCAUGUACAGCAAGCUGCAUGCCAAUAUCCCCAAAUCCCUCAUGAUGUUCUCGGAUUUGGAGUUUCCACAAGAGUCUUGGAUAUAUCCCAGCCGUCACGAUAUCCAGCAUUACCUGGUGAGAUACGCUCAGGAUGUGCGGGACCUGAUCAAGUUUUACUUUCAGGUAAAACGCGUCCUCCUGCAGCCUGAGAAUGGCCAAGAUAAAUGGCAGGUGACGGCUCAGUCAACCGUCGAUGGGCAAGUUGUCCAAGAGGUGUUUGACGCUGUCGUCGUGGCCAAUGGACACUACUCUACUCCCUUCGUCCCGGAUAUCAAGAAUAUAAGGGACUUUCAUCGGGCGCAUCCCUCAAUCAUCAUUCACUCCAAGAACUAUCAUUCUGUGGAUACAUUUAGAGAUAAAAAGACGGUCAUUGUUGGCAACGGGCCGUCGGGGUUAGACAUUGCCUACCAAAUCAACAGCGUGUCCAAGGGGCAAACCAUUCUGUCAGUUAGACACGAGACACCGCCGGGAAAGCUGCAGCACACUGGCUGUCGGGAGAUUGCCGAGAUCGACGAGUUUCUGGUUGACGAGAAGGGAGUGAGACUCAAGGACGGGCGCGUGGAGACGGAUAUUGACGCCAUCAUCUUCUGCACGGGAUUCCGAUACAGUCUCCCGUUCCUCAACAACCUUGAAAAGGAUCUCAUCACAAAUGGCUCAAGCAUACAUGGCUUAUACAAACACAUAUUCUGCAUUCAACACCCUACCAUUGUUUUUUCCGCGCUGAAUAUGCGCAUCGUCCCAUUUCCGGUCUCGGAAGCCCAGGCGGCGGUAUUUUCAGCCAUAUGGUCCAACCACCUGCCGCUGCCGCCCAAGCCCGAAAUGCUGAGGUGGAACAAAGAAGCAGAGAAGGCUGGCGACAGGCUGCAUAUUAUGCCCGAUGGCCAAGAUGGCGUCUACUUGAACGAGCUGCAUGACUACGCUAUGACUGCCUCAAAACUGGGCAAGGAGCCGCCGCGGUGGGGGCGUGAGCAAUUUUGGAUUCGAAGUAUUUUCUUGGAAGCAAAAAGGGCAUUCGAGGACCAGGGCUGCAGGGCCACGACUUUGGAAGAGCUGGGCUUCAAAUUCACCCCAGAGAGGGACGAGGCGAGUGCCAAGCCAUGA